AUGUUGACGUCAGCACUAACUACCUUAACAGCACUUAGCACUGCGAUUCUCGCAGCUCCUAUCGCAGAACGUUCAUUCGUGGAACAACCGGACGGUAUGAGCAACGGCACAAUGUAUUCGAUUAGUGAUUUCUCACCGAAAGUAUUCGUAAGAACGGAUGAAUUCGAGCUGAACUUCAAAUCAUGUAUAGAAUUCAACUAUAAAUUGCUUAAGAAUAAAGUUCGUCUUCGCGCCUACACUUGUCUCCUGUCUGAGGGAGGUUUCUGCACAUUAGAUAAAUAUUCCUAUCCGAAGGAUAACGAAGGAUGUGCAUACCUACGACCUUGGCUGUAUCCAUUUGACAGAUAUUCGUUCUACUUCGUAUUAGAACGUCGUCAACGAAAAUACAAUGAUCCGAAGAAACGUGGACGUCGAGUCUCAAGGAAGACCGGUCGAUUAUCGGCGACACCAUUCGGUCAUUUACAACUGAUCGGUGUGGUCCCAUGUGAAGAGGUUUGUGGGAAGAAGAACAAGGAGAAUCGUACCGGUUAG